AUUAGUUCGUUUAAAGAAUGACAAUCAAAAAUGUACUAACUGUUACUAACCUCAAAAGAAAAGUUUUGGUUGUGAGGUUUUGAUAGUCAUUGAUAAGUUUUUUUGCCCAAGUUGACCAAAACCCAACUGUAAACAUGUCGAUUCUCACAUAUAAUGGUGGUGCAAUGCUUGCAAUGAAAGGUGAAAAUUGCGUCGCAAUAGCGGCGGACAGGCGAUUUGGAGUGCAAGCCCAAACACUAGCCACUAACUUUGAGAAAAUCUUCGAAAUGGGGUCCCAUCUGUACGUGGGUCUUCCGGGACUGGCCACCGACACCCAAACAGUGAUGGAAAAACUCCGUUUCCGCAAAAACAUCUACGAACUGAAAGAAAACCGGGCAAUGUCUCCAAGGGUUUUCAGCGCUAUGGUAUCGCAUUUGUUGUACGAGAACAGAUUUGGCCCGUAUUUCGUCGAACCAGUCGUAGCUGGACUGGAACCCAAAACCUUCGAACCAUUCAUCUGCAACAUGGAUCUUAUUGGAUGCAUAAAUCAGCCCAAAGACUUUGUUGUGGGGGGCACCGCAUCAGCACAGUUGUAUGGUAUGUGCGAAGCCUUGUGGGAACCCAAUUUAACACCUGAUGAGCUGUUUGAAACUACUUCGCAAGCCCUAAUCAAUGCUUUUGAUAGGGAUGCUGUUUCAGGAUGGGGUGCCACUGUUUACAUUAUUGAAAAAGACAAGGUUACAAUCAAGAACUUGAAGACCAGAAUGGACUAAAAGAUCCAAUUAAAUGGUGUUAAGUUAAAUAAGUCUUUGGCACGUGCUGUAUUAUUAAUUUUUUAAAUAAAUAUGAAUGUCUCCGUG